AUUGGAGGGCUUGUGAAGUCAAUCAGGCAGAAAAGGUUUGAAUUAACUAAAUUUCCAACUUCACCUGCAUGUCUAGUAGUAGUAGAAAAAGAUGCUAUGCACAAGCAUCGCUUUACAUGUAGUACUAGGAAGAGAGAGAAGAGAAGUGAUUAAGCAAUAAACUAUUUGGAGUUCAACCAUAAAUCGUAGCAAGCAGCGUAGGAGCAUAUUUGUAAGAGGUUCCGUCUUUGGUGAGCUGUGUAUGUCCUUCAACCAUUUUUUUUUUUAUAUUCCAUCCAUCCACAUGGCCUUCCGUCCCAUCGCAAUAAAUCACCGUUACACCUUUCCCUCCUCUUUCUCCCUCCGUCAGCAAUGUGGGAUUACUCUGUAAAAUCAUGACUCUCUUCUGUCAACCUCUCAUAAUUUCGCUGCUUCUUCUCCUCGCUGUUAACCACUCUUCUGGCCUCACUAGAGACGGCGUUCUGUUGCUUUCUUUCAAGUACGCUGUGCUCAACGACCCUCUUUACGUCCUCGCUAACUGGAACUACACUGACCAGAUACCGUGUUCCUGGAACGGCGUUUCUUGUUCCACCGUACCAGCCACGAACGGUACCGAGUACCGCGUCACAUCGUUGUCGCUUCCCAAUUCUCAGCUUUUGGGUUCAAUUCCCUCCGAUCUGGGUUCCAUUGAACAUCUUCAAGUCCUAGACCUUUCCAACAACUCCCUCAACGGCUCUCUUCCUUCUUCUCUGUCCCAAGCCUCCGAGCUUAGGUUCCUCAACCUCUCUAACAAUUUAAUAACAGGGGAGGUUCCCCAGUCCAUAGCCCAGCUUCAGAAUCUCCAAUGCCUAAACCUCUCCGACAAUGCUUUGGCGGGAAAACUGCCUCACGAUUUGUCCGACAUGCACAACCUAACUCUGGCUUCCUUCAAGAACAACUACUUGUCAGGUUUUCUUCCCAGCGGGUUGAGAACGUUGCAGGUUUUGGAUCUGUCUUCAAACCUGUUCAACGGGACUCUUCCCGCCGAUUUCGGCGGAGACGCCAUGCGUUACAUAAACAUCUCCUACAACAGAUUUUUCGGCGAUAUCCCGAUGGAGUUCGCAGCAAACAUUCCCGGAAACGCCACCGUCGACCUUUCGUUCAACAACCUCACCGGCCAAGUUCCCGACUCCGCUGUGUUUUUGAAUCAGAACUGGAAAUCUUUCUCCGGUAACGUCAACCUGUGUGGAGAACAAACGAAGAAUGUGUGCCCUGUUCCUUCUUCGUCGUCCUCUAAACCGAAUAUUUCUGCUCCUAUAUCUCCUCCUGCAAUCGCGGCAAUCCCGCGGACGUUUGAUUCUUCGGCGGCGCCUAGGGGGAAAAAAGGGAGUGGUCUGAAACGAGGAACGAUUAUAGGAAUCGUUGUGGGAGACGUAAUUGGGAUAGCGAUCCUUGGCAUGAUAUUCGCGCAGGUGUACCGGUUGAAGAAAAAGAAGGAGGUGGUGAAGAAGGAGGCGGUUGUGAGGAGUGGAAGUGGUAGUGAGAGUGAGAGUUCGUGGGAGUCUAGAAGGUUUAUGAGGUGGUCGUGUUUGAGUAAGAGAGCGGAAGAUGAAGAGUGUUCGGAGACAAGAAGCAGUUGUGAUAGCGAGGUGGAGGGGCAGAAGCCAAAGGGUCCUGAACAGGAGGAGAAAACGGGGACUCUUGUGAUUGUGGACGGAGAACGACAGCUUGAACUGGAAACGCUCCUGAAGGCUUCUGUGUACAUACUGGGUGCGACGGGGUCCAGCAUAAUGUACAAGGCUGUCUUGGAAGAUGGUAUGUCCUUGGCGGUUCGGAGAAUCGGGGAGAGCGGUGUGGAGCGGUUCAAGGACUUCCAGAACCAGGUUCGACUUAUUGCUAAACUGGUGCACCCUAAUCUGGUUCGCAUUCGAGGCUUCUACUGGGGACACGAUGAGAAACUCAUCAUCUAUGAUUUCGUUCCAAACGGUUGCCUUGCCAAUGUUCGUUACAGGAAGGCGGGCACCUCGCCGACUCAUUUACCGUGGGAAAUCAGGCUGAAGAUAGCGAAAGGGGUGGCACGUGGACUGACUUAUCUCCACGAGAAGAAACACGUGCAUGGAAACUUGAAGCCUAGCAAUAUUCUGCUGGGCAAUGACAUGGAGCCCAAGAUUGGAGACUUUGGGCUUGAGAGGAUAGUCACCGGUGACACCAGUUAUAAGGCUGGCGGAUCAGCGCGUAUUUUUGGGAGCAAGAGAUCCACGGCCUCUCGGGACAGUUUUCAGGACAUUAGCUAUGGGCCAAGCCCGAGCCCGAGCCCGAGCCCUAGUUCCAUGAUGGGCUUAUCUCCUUAUCAUGCUCCCGAGUCGCUGAGGAACCUGAAGCCUCACCCCAAGUGGGACGUGUACUCUUUUGGGGUCAUGUUUCUUGAGCUUCUAACGGGGAAGAUUGUGGUUUUGGAUGAUAUGGGCCAAGGGCCUGGGGUUUUGACGGAGGAUAAGAACCGGGCCUUGCGUAUGGUUGAUAUGGCUAUCAGGGCCGACAUGGAGGGGAGAGAGGAGGCCCUGUUGGCCUACUUCAAGCUAGGGUAUAGUUGUGUGUCUAGCGUUCCACUUAAAAGGCCUUCAAUGAAAGAGGUGCUACAAGUUCUUGAAAAGAUCUCAUCCUCCUCUUCUUCCUCCUCAUAUUACUAUAGCGUCUAAAUCAUGAUUUGUCACAGGGAUUUUUGUAGAAAGAAAACAAAUAAUGUACUUAUCAUUGACUAAUAGGUUUUUGUAUUUGAUUCAA